CUUCCUCUUCCUCUUCCUCUGUAACUUUUCUCCUUCCGAAAUUUCUUCCCUAUAUAUUACUCCGCCUAUUCCUUUCCUUACUCUUUUCUAUUCUUACAGUUGGCUUGGUUUCAGCCCAAGAAUAAUCAGCGCUAGCACGACAUCGCUGCGUAUAUUCCUCUAAUUCCGCACCUUAUUAUUCACGAUUACACUCUAGUUACAGUUACAGUUACCUAUAUUGCUAAUAAUUUAUCAGUUUCGCGCUAUAAAUAUUUAUCUUUUUAUUUUAUUAUCUCGCAUGCAUCAUCACAUUGUCAUUGCAGUGUUUGUUGCUGCCCUGGCUGUAGGCGUUCAUGCCACGCCAAGCGUUCUGAUAUACAAGCGCCAAACAAACCCCGAGGUUUCUGACACUGGUAUCCAAAGUGACACUUCCGCUGCAGCUGAUAGCAACUUUGUACCAGCCGGGGAAACCACCAACAAUUUAGCUGGAAAUUCACUGACGCAGAUUGAUGACAGCAUAAACAUUGUUGAUGCCAGUAUUGACUAUCCGGACGAGGCACAGUUGUUAGGCAAUUCAGGGACGGCUAUCAGCGGCAACAACAACGAAAUAUCGCCUAUCAUCAACGCUCCGGUCACUGUGAUUAUCAACAAUAACAGCAACGGCGGCCGUGGUGGCAGCGGCGGUGGCGGUCAGAAUAGGCAACAACGCCCAUCAGAACAGCCGGGUUCCCCUGAUACAGGUAAAGCGUCUCCACCGAAAGAGCAGCAGCAGCAACCGGCAGCGACCCAGUACCCGUAUCCAACGUAUGAAAAUGGACAAAAUAUGUUUGAUAUAUCUGACCCCCGCGUCCAGUGGCUCAUUACCUACGCCAUGCUCAUCAGCCAGAACAACCUGGGCCAACUAGUGUAGUGCAAGCACAUGUUUUUUUUGUUUUUUUGUUUUGUGUAUAAAGCGACUCAAUUG